GAAAACGAUUUCAAUUUUCAGUACCUAGUGUCGACAAUGGUUCUAUUUGGCGGCUAUUUUUACAAAUUUCCCAAAAUAAAAACAAACAUUUCAUGUAAUAGAAUUUAAACGUUAUGACAAUGUCUUGCGAUAUGUUAUUGCAUCCUGAACUUAUGACGAAUGAACAAUUAAUUUAUAUAAUUCAACAGAGGCAUUUAAGAGUGCCAAAUAUUCUAUCAAUGCAGAGGGAUGAUCUUCUUCUACUGUUUCAUCAAUUUUGUGUACCCUACGGUCAAAGGAAAUACAAGGACUCUGGUAGGGGAAAAGUUUUAAAUAAAAAUCGAAAUACAAGUCCGGAAACAACUACUAAACUUAAUAUCACAAAUAACGCACAUGUAAAUGUAGAGAGCAGACAAAUACAUUUAAAAUACACAAUUCAGAAUGAUAGAUUGAAACCACCACUAGACUUAAUAUCGGGGCACAUAAACAAGAAAAUGAAAUUGGAAACAAAAACAGUAAUCAAUGAAUUUGAUAAAUUUAAAAGGAAAGUUCCUAUUGAUCCAGCAACACUAGUCACAGAUUGUCCUCCAAUUAAGAAGGAACGGAAACCAAUUACAUGGCCGUAAUUGUUAAUCAGAAGUUUACAUUUAAUGGACUGAAAUUGCAUUUUGAAUGAAUAUAAAUGUGUGUGAUAAUUUUUGAUUUAAGUGAUUAUUGUGAAACAAACAAUGUAAAUAGAAAAUAUUUGUAAUGUAUUAAUGUGAGGGGAAAAAUAAA